AUGGACGCCUGCACCGGCGAAGGCGACGGACCCGGCGUGAUGUUGCAGAAGCAGUUUUUCAAAGUUGUCGCUUGCGUCGGCAGCGUGGGAAUGACACCUCCAGUCGUGCCAGCCGAGCUCCUGGUAAAGGAGAUCAGCAGCCUCCAUGAAGAGCGCCGGCACCUGCGCCGGCAAGUGGAGGCUGCGGACCUCAACGGCACCCAGGAGGCGCAAGAGGUCUCGGCUGCUUUGGAGGGCGCCCGGGAUCGUUUCCUCGAGUCCCAGCUGCGAAGGGAUCGCCUGCGUCGGCUGGUGAAGGGCCUCGAAGGUCACACCCCGCCACAGCCAGAGCAGGUGGAGGUGUCGCUGCAAGAGAGGGAGCGCGAGCUCGAAUUGCAGGUGGAGUCGCUUCGGAAAGACACGGCGAACCUGGAACAGCGUCGUCAAACCUUCAUCAAGGAGCUGGAGGACUGCCGCCGUCAGGCGGCAGAGCGCACUGCGGAGCUUCGCCACUCGGAGGAGCUUGGCUCCGAGGCUGUCGCACGUUGUGCAGCUUUGCAGCUCGAGCUGAAGCUGCUCCAAGAGAAGAUCUUCGGAGUGGAGACGGAGCGCCAGGAGCUCUGGCAGAAGCAGCGCAAAAUGGGGGAGCAGUUUGAAAGUGCCUGGGAGGCAGCCACUGCUGAGGCGAAGCGCUGCCUCGUGCAGCUGAGCGCUGAGGCGUCACGCGAGGCCGGCGACGAGCAGGGCCUUAGCCAGGCCGCCGGGGAAGCCGAGGCGAAGUUGGCAGAAAUGGCAGCGGAGCUGCAGAGGCAGCAGGAGAGGCUCGUGGUUCGAGAGCCGGUGAAGGAGGCAUUUGCCCUCUCAAGCCCCAAGCUGGAGGAGCCAGGGCCAGGAACUUCGGAUGGCGUCUGGCAGCGGCUGCUCCAAGAAUCUUUGCGUGCAGAACAGGCUGAGCUUCGGCUCCUGGAAGCCUCCACUGACGGAGUCGAAGCUCGAAAACGGGGCCUCCAAGAUUCUCUGAAGGUGGCGCUCUCCAAGCUGGAGGAUCUGAAGCAACAGCUCGAGGGCGAGCGCAUCGCCAAAGCGGAAGCGCAGAAGAUGUGGGCAGAUGCACAGCGCGAGGAGCAGUCGCGCGCCCUGCGGAAACUGCGGAGCCACGUUCAGGCCUUGCGGUCCUGGAACUCCCAGGUGCGUCUGAGGCUGCUGAAGCUGGCCAAACGGUCCACAUCCAGCGACAAACCCAGCGACAGAGCCAGAGCUGAGUUGAAGGGGCACCUCCGCUGGAUCUCCGGGGCCGCCGGUGCCGUCGCCUCUUUCACGAAGCGGCCGCCCGAGAAGGCCUUCGAUCUGAACUGCUGGCACCAGGCCUUGCGCGGGCUGAGACAGGCCCUGCAGCAGGCCGCGGCCUCGCAAGCCAUGGAGGACAACGUGGAGAAGGCUUUGGAGGUUUCCCUUUGGGAGGCUGAGAAGACCUGGGAGGAGGUGCUGUCACUCGUCCAGAGAGGUCGAACCGCUGCCGCGGCAGCAGAGGGCGUGUUGGACGCAGCGAGCGUCGAGGAAAUUGUGAGAGCCUCGGUGGAGGCGGAGAAGAGGGCGGCGGUGCGCGCUGCCCAAGAGACUCUUCGAGAGGGACUCGGGGAGCCCGUAGAGGAGCUCGAGAAGGAGCUGCUUCUGGAGGAGGCCCUGGAGGAGGCUCGAGAGGAGGAAGAUCGGCACCGCGAGCUGGAGCUGGCUCUGCUGGUGGCCCGACGUGAAGAUGCGGAGCUGGAGGCGCUCUGUGCCAAGCAAGCUGCAGAGAAAUCGGCCGAGGCGGUCAUGACCUCGCGCAGUCAGGACUUCCGGGAGCUCUGCCGCAAGAUCGGCCAAGAGAUGAGCCGGUCAUUGCUCCUGCAGUUGCAGAACCUCUGUGAGAGUGCUGCCGAACAUCCCGACAUCUUUCAGAAGCAGAUGGAGGAGAUCCGGGAGCUCAAGCAGGCCCACUCAGCAAUCUCUGCCGCGCAGGCGCAAGCUCUGGGUAGUGCCGAUCUCUUGGAGGCAGAGCUGCAGGCUGCUUGGGUGGGAACUGUGGCAGCCAUCGAGGAAGUUCAGGCCUCCACCAAGGAGCUGGCGAUGGAUCGAGACCGCUGUCGCCUUGCUCUCGAUGCUCUGCGGGCACGAACGGACGCUGUUGAGGAGGCGGCUGCCUCUCUUUGGGCGCUGCAGGGCGAGGCCUCACUGAGUGUACCAGGUGGCCGAUGGCACGACAGGUUUCGCAGCAUCAGCGAGUGGUACUCCGCCGCAAGUGACGCACUCCACUCCUGUAUGCUCUGA